AUGUCCGUGUUCAUCUCUGCCACCGCUGAGAAGAAUGCGUGUAUAUAGAGUACCCAUGAAUCGAGCAAUAUCUCGGUGAUUUCCAAGACGGUAAUUACGUAGCCCUGGCAAUACGGGAAGUCAGACCCCGCGCGGUUGGAGAAGGGCGGCUGCGAGAUUAUCAAUUCGGAGGAUUGGUGGGCAUACGGGCUGGGGAACGGCCAUACUCCAAUCCUGCCAGAGCCGUAUAUCCAGUGCUUUAGCAACGCGCGUAUGCUAAACUUUAGUGAUGUCAAUGGCUGGCAGCGGGAGUCCAGUCUGUAUAAUCAUUUUAACACGACGGCGGAGUGGCAGGUUCCGGUCGAGAGUAGGAGAAACAAAGGUGACAUAAUGGCUACGUGGAAUGACAACGGCCCAGACACUACGACGCAGCUGGAGGCGUAUUAUCGCAUUCAAGAUGGUAUUCCCGCCGUCGAGGCGAGGAGCUGGAGCGGACGUCGCGGCCCCGAAAUUAGCGUUGGAAGACUAGAAAUUUCGGAAUCCACUUCAACCAAUAACACCCCAAACUAG